AUGGUUGAUAGCAUUAUCACUACUGAAGGCAUCGGUAAACCAUUUCCAGCCAAACUCUACGCAUACAAUCUGUUCGCAAAUAUCUUGGGCUCAGUUGUAUUUAGCGAAAAGUUUGACAUUGAACAACCAGAGUUAAAAAAGUUUAAAUAUAUCACCACCGACUUUCAAACUGACCUAGGCAGCUCGAUGUUUGUAUACGAGUUUAUACCGAUUGCCCGGUAUUUUAUGGCCAACCCUUUGGCUAAAUAUGAACAAUACUUCAACGAAAUGAUGAAUUAUACGCGAAAUAUAUACCAAAAACACAGCAAAACAUAUGACAGCGAGAAUUUGCGUGACUUUUGUGAUAUACUUAUCGCCGCUAAACACGAGGCCAUUGCCGACGACAAACAAUCGGCACAAUAUUUCACCGAUGAUAACCUGUUGGCGACAUUAAGCGACCUGUUUAUAGCUGGUGUGGAGACGUCGCAAAGUACAUUUAUGUGGAUAAUGCUAUUUAUGGCAUACUAUCCGGAUUACCAGGAUAAAUUGCACAAUGAGAUCAGCCAUGAGAUCGGCGAUCGGGUGCCUGUGAUUGAGGACAAGUCUCUGCUUAACUAUACGCUGGCGUUUGUAUCCGAGAUAUUACGGUACAAAAAUCCGGCGCCGAUGGGUGUCCUUCACAAAGCUCUGGUCGACAGUAAAUUGGGUGAACAUCCGGUGCCAGAAGGAACCAGCUUGUUGGUUCAUCAGUCCUGGAUCAUGAUGGAUCCAAAACAUUGGUCUAAUCCGGACAAAUUUCAACCAGAACGCUUUCUCGACGAGCAUGGUCAAUAUUUGCAAACAAAAUUUGCCGCUUAUAUGCCGUUUAGUUGCGGACGCCGUAUAUGUCCGGGAGAGACACUGGCUAUAAAUGAUUUGUUUUUAAUAUUGGUCAAUUUUUUGCAACUCACUAAGGAAUAUCGUAUUGAGUUGCAUAGUGAGCAUGUCCUGAGAGGGAUAGCAAAACCAUUUAACAAAUACAUCAUCAUAUAUGAGCCCAACGCUAUUGUAACGCCCAGACGUAUGUUGUGGGCAAAUAUUAUGCCCAUUAGGCCACUGAUACUAUUGGCGAUACACAUUACUCCCAACUAG